UAUAGCAUGCAGAUUAGGAUUAAGGACUAGAAUUGUCCGAAACAUGUCGAUGGGGGAUCCCUCCGGCUUCACAUGCUUCUGCUAUACUCCAAUAUUGCUUGGAUGACAUUUUUUAAAACAAUGGUUUUAUGAAGAGGAUUGUGCUGGACUUCAUUCACACUUUGCUGUUUUUGGAGACUUGGUUGAUCAUGCACAGUGAGGAGAUAAACCCUGCACUCAGCAUCUCUGCUCUCCUGGAUUCCCUGCCAUCAGCUCUUUUCAGGAUGUCUGAAAUAGGAUCCCGCACAUAGAGGGGACACUGCAGAGGGGCUGGAGAAGCAUCGGGGACAUCAGGGCUCCUGUCAGUAGGGUCUGGUCCAUGGGAGACAUGAAGAUGCUGCUGAGGGCUCCCCUCCAGUACAGCCUGCUCCUCCUGGCUCAGACCAGCCUCACUCUAUCUGGGUCUCCGUCGGCCUCCUGGCCUCACACAGACUGCAUCCAAGCGAAUGAGCAAUGCAUUAGCGACCAGUCCUGCAGCUCCCGACUCCGUACAUUGAGGCAGUGUCUAGGGGGGAGGGACCGUGAUGUCCUCCUAUCCAGCCAGGAAUGCAAGACUGCUCUGGAAGUGCUUCAGGAGAGUGCCCUUUAUAUGUGUCGCUGUCAAAGGGGAAUGAAGAAGGAGCUUCAAUGUCUUCAAGUUUACUGGGGGAUCCAUGCUGGUCUGACAGAUGGAGAUGAAUUUUAUGAAACGUCGCCAUAUGAACCAAUGACCUCCCGUUUAUCAGACAUCUUUCGCCUGGCAUCGAUCAACUCUGGCACAGAAGCAUCUAUCAUGAAGCAAAAUGCCUGCUUGGAUGCCGCUAAAUUCUGUAAUGUGAAUGAUACCUGUAAGAGAUUACGUUCCACUUUCAUUGCGGUAUGCAACACAGGAGACAAUGCUCCAUGCUUUCGUCGCAAGUGCCACAAGAGCCUACGUACUUUCAUGGAGCGUAUCCCUUCAAACCUGACCUACCCCCUUCUGUUUUGUCCCUGUGCGGACAAGCCUUGUGCUGAGAGACGCCGCCAAACUAUAGUCCCGAGCUGCUCCUUCAAUCUUCCUGAUGUUCCUAACUGCUUGGAGGUGUGGUCCACCUGUAGACAGGACCCAGUAUGCAGGUCCAGGUUGGCAGAUUUUGUGACUAACUGCCAGAGUUCCCCUCAGUCUGUGAGCGGCUGUGUGCGCGAUAACUAUGCGGCCUGUCUGGGGGCGUAUGCUGGGCUGAUCGGAUAUGAUGUGGCUCUGAACUUCCUGGACUCGGAUCCUCAUUCACUUUCCAUAGGACCCUUUUGCUCUUGUAGCGGAAGUGGUGACCAGGAAUCUAUGUGUGACCUGUACUUGAAGGAGUUUACACAGAACCGCUGCUUACGAAAUGCCAUUUAUGCUUUUGGCAAUGGUACAGAUAUUGUCCACAAGCAGAACAUCCCUCGACCUCCCCUCACCACCAUCUCUCCACGGAGUGAGAAAAGACACGUCCUUCCAGACAACCAGAGUGACAGUAACACACAGUACGAGAUGAACCCUGACAUCUGUGAUUCCAUCCCAGACAAGAAGAAUAACAGCUCACCCCACCUCAGGAUCUGUGUCUCUGAGUCACAGCUCAACGCGGAGCUUGUACCGGACCUAAGGAUAGAUGAAGGGCGCUCGGGGAUAUCUCGGCACCAUGCCAGCGUGCUGUCCACCCUCGUGGCGCUAUACUUCACCGCUCUCUUCUGAGAGGCUCUGACAUGGACUGAAAACCUGUAGAUAAUGACCCAACCAAACCUUCCAUAAAGAGGUUCAAGCCAGAAAGCUUGUGACACGCAGAAAGAAGAGCGGUGCUGAACUGAUACCCGCCGGGUGCUUGGACAUUACGGCUGCCUCUAGAUACAUAAGUUAUUGGUGGGUUAGAUACAACUAUGGGAUGUAAUAAGGAUCGGGGACCUCUCCUGACUUGUCUGUUUUAGUAAAUACUUGUACUGCCCAUGUAAUAACAAUGCUGAAGCAUCUUUUCUUAGACCUCUGUAUUGUGCCACGCCUCUGAUAUUCCUGGGUGUUACCAGUUGGGGGCGUGUCCCUGCACAGUCUGACACUGUCCAAUCAGUGCUGCCAGGGUUUCCUGGGUGUUACCAGUUGGAGGGGUGACCUUGACCAGUCUGACACAGUCCAGUUGUCUCCUCUAAUAUUCCUAGGUGUUACCAGUUGAGGGUGUGCCACUGUCCAGGGUCUCCUGUGUUAUACUUGGAUGUCCCUUACCAGUCUGACAGAGUCCAAUUGUCCCCUCUGUUAUUCUUCGGUGUUAACAGUUGGAGGGGGGUGUCCCUACACAGUCUGACACUAUUCCAUCAGUGCUGUCAGAAUCUCAUGUGUUAAUACUGGGUGUUACCAGUUGGGGGCGUGUCUCUGCUCAGUCUGACAUGGUCCAAUCAGCGCAUCCAGUUUCUUCUCUGUUAAAUACUGGGUGUUACCAGUCGAGGGCGUGUCCCUGACUAGUCUCACACAGUCCAGUUGUAUUUCUUAUUAUUCCUGGGGGUUACCAGUUGGAUAGUUGGGGCGGGGGAAUUCUCUGCACAGUCUGAAACUAUCCAGUCAGUGCAUCCAGUGUCUAAGCUGUUAUUCCUGGGAGUUACCAGCUUGGGGCGUGUCCCUGGAGGGGGGUGUCCGUACAUAGUCAGACACUGUCUAAUCAGUGCAUCCAGUGUGUGUCUAUGGAGAUUUAUACCUCUUUGACAAGUGGAAUGGUAACACCCAGUUAUUUAUCAAUUUAUUCAUACAUUUCUAGGAGGAAUAAGAGAGAAACAGCUCUUCCCAGAGCUCUAAGAAAAGCCGUUAUUAUUAUAGUAUGUAGAAUGCAAGUAUUUACUAGAAGGGAGAAGCGUCAGGAGAGACGACAGCUCCUCUUUAAAUAUAUGUAUAAAUAGAAUAAAAAUGAAUAUGGCGAGAUAAAGGAGAAAUGAUCUGCAGGACCGUAGUGGAGCGACACUCUGCAAAUUCCUGUUGGGACGAAUCCAUCGAAGAAGACUAUCACGGAGCGGAUUUUCUGUCACCUGAAGAAAUAUUACAAUCGUAGUGACUCGUGCUGACCAAAGCCAGGCAGAAGGAAUAAUACGAAGAGGAUCCGUGUACAGUAUAUCUUUAUACUCCUUCUGCAAUUCUGCAUUUUUCUUCAUUUAAGGAAUUAAAAUGUAUUGACCCAAA